AUGAAGGGUACAUCGUUACAUUGGAGCGAGCUGUCAGAGGCGGUCUUCCACUGUAUAGAUUUGAAAGCGGGGUGGGUGAGGUGGCUUCGUGGGGUGUAUCGAAUGCUGCGUGCGCACUCUCGUAUUGUCAUCUCGCCCGCUCUACUACGAGCGGCUCUUCGUAUCUCGACUUACUGUCACAGGACACUGAACGAAUCAGAAGGAGCAUCGCAACCACUUUCCCUCUUCUACUAA